UCCAAAACGCAGACUGAUGAUCCAGCUGCUGAACGCUGACAUGGAUACAACUGCGCCUUUCCACUGAAACGGGACGCAUUCCAGCGUGAACUGUGACACCGCGGGGACGCGAACGGCGACGGAAAAACUUUUCCUUUUCUCUCACGACUGGACUCAUGUAAACUCGCCAUGUCCAAGACCCUGAAGAAGAGGAAGAACCACUGGACCAACAAAGUCCACGAGAGUAUCCUUUGCAGGAAUGAGGAGGGGGAGCUGGGGCUGGAGCUGAAGGGCGGCGCGGAGCACGGACAGUUCCCGGUCAUCGGCGAGCUUCUCCCGGGCAGAGCUGCAUGCCACAGCGGGAAACUCCUCCAGGAGGACCUGCUGCUGGAAGUCAACGACACCCCGGUGGCCGGACUCACCACCAGGGACGUCCACGCUGUGGUCAAACACAGCAAAGACCCCUUGCGGCUCAAGUGUGUCAAACAAGGAGGUGUGAUCGAUAAGGACCUCCGCCGGUACCUCAACCUGCGCUUCCAGAAAGGUUCAGUGGAUCACGAGCUGCAGCAGAUCAUCCGGGACAACCUGUACCUCCGAACCGUCCCCUAUACCAGCAGCCUACGUUUCCGCCACAUCGCCAUGGAGACAGACGUGAUGUCAGUGCUGGUCUGCAGAGGCACUACUCGGCAGCCCAAGGAGGGAGAAGUCCCAGGCGUGGAUUAUAAUUUUGUGACCAUCGACCGGUUUAUGGAAUUGGAGAAAAGCGGCGCUUUGCUGGAGAGUGGAACAUAUGAAGAAAACUUCUACGGCACCCCGAAGCCUCCAGCUGAGCCCAGCGCUCUGCUGCUAAAUGUAACAGACCAGCUGCUGCCGGGCGCCAGACCCAGCUCCGAGGGCAAGAGGAAGCGGAACAAGUCCGUCAGCAACAUGGAGAGAGCCGGCGUCGAGCCCCCCGAGGAGGAGGAGGAGGAGGAGAAGCCCGUCGUCAACGGCAACGGCGUCGCCGUCACCCCAGAGUCAAGCGAGCACGAAGACAAGAGCACAGACGCUUCAGGGGACGUCGGACCUCAGAGUAACCCGGCAGAGGCACCCCAGGAGGACGGCCAGUCCCCGAAGACGGUGGUCCCCAAACCAGAGGAGAACGACGAGCUGGGACCACUGCCUGACAACUGGGAGAUGGCUUACACCGAGAAAGGAGAAGUCUACUUCAUCGACCACAACACGAAGACGACGUCGUGGCUCGACCCGAGGCUCGCCAAGAAGGCAAAGCCGCCGGAGGAAUGCAAAGAGGAUGAGCUUCCUUAUGGGUGGGAGAAAAUCGAUGACCCCAUUUAUGGCAGCUACUACGUCGAUCAUAUAAAUAGAAGAACCCAGUUUGAGAACCCGGUUCUGGAGGCGAAGAGAAGACUCCAGCAGCAGCAGCAGAUGCAAAGUCAGGGUCUGUCCUCACUGCCCCUGCCCGCUAUCUACAGAGAGAAGCCCCUGUUCACCCGAGACCCGACUCAGCUGAAAGGCAGCUUCCUGUCCACGGCGCUCCAAAAGAGCAACAUGGGGUUCGGCUUCACCAUCAUCGGUGGGGAUGAGCCCGAUGAGUUCCUCCAGGUCAAAAGCGUUAUUCCUGAUGGACCCGCCGCAGCCGAUGGCAAGAUGGCCACAGGGGACGUCAUCGUCUACAUUAACGACGUCUGCGUUCUGGGAACGACCCACGCUGAUGUGGUUAAACUCUUCCAGUCGGUUCCCAUCGGUCAGAGCGUGACGCUCGUGUUGUGUCGCGGCUACCCUUUACCGUAUGACCCAGAGGACGCCUCCAACACCAACAACUCCACCACCACCACCAUCAUCUCCCCGCUGGGCAUCAUGGAGCAGCGGCCAAUCAUGGUGAACGGCAGAACCGGCUACGAUAACUACCUGGACUACCUGACGCGUACGGCGCGCUUUGUUACAGACCCCAGUCAGGACCACGUCAUCUCCCAGCAGCCGCCGCUUCUCACCGCUCACCCGGGCGACACCCACCUGGACGGCUCGCUCCCGGCCGGCACCACGCCCCCCGACAGCGUCUCCAUGGCGUCGUCGGGGGCAACCCAAGGGGAGCUGCUGACGGUGACGAUGGCGAAGGGCGUGGACGGGUUCGGCUUCACGAUCGCAGACAGUCUGACGGGUCAGCGUGUCAAGCAGGUCCUGGAGCCUCAGGGCUGUCCGGGUCUGUGCGAAGGUGACCUGAUCCUGGAGAUAAACAAGCAGGCAGUGGCCGGAUUCACCCACACGCAGGUGGUGGAGCUGCUGAAGGAGUGUGCAGUGGGGGCAGAGGCCAGCCUGGUGGUGCAGAGAGGGGGCACGGGUCACUAUUCACCCUGGAAGACUCCAAAACAGGUGCUGGAGCAGUGGGAGUUCCAGCAGGGCCAGAACAGCCCCGCUCAGACCAGCCGCUCUGCUCCCAUUGUCUCCCACAGCGCCCCCUUCCCAACACACCAUCUUCACAUGGCCUCGGUCCCGGACUCAGCCUCCGAGGCCUUGGCACUGGUCAAACCUGACCCCUAUGACCUUUUUGAGAAGUCCAUGGCUAUCUAUGAGAGUAGGCAACCUGUUCAACCAAGGACCAUUUUUCCUGUGGACUCUAUUGGAGCAGAGUACCAGGACAUCGAAGUCCACCUGCGCAGACAGAAGUCUGGGUUUGGCUUUCGGGUGCUGGGUGGUGAUGAGGCCGGGCAGCCUGUGAGUGUGGAGACACGUGAGAAGAUUCUUAUUGGAGCGAUCAUAGAGAAGAGUCCAGCAGAUCUAGACGGGCGAUUACGGCCGGGAGACGAGCUGCUGUUUGUGGACGGGAUCCCAGUGGUGGGGAAGGCGCACCGAUACGUCAUCGACCUGAUGCACGCGGCGGGGCGCAACGGACAAGUCAACCUGGUCAUCAGGAGGAGGACGCAGGCAGGAGGUGAGUCAUGUCCAGAAAACAGUCGCAGUCCGGGCUCCGCCUCCACGCAGCACAGCUCGCCUCACAGCGACUACACGUACGCGAACAGCACCAGCCAGGCUGCCAACAGCGGCGCGGGCAACACCUCCGCUACGUCAGACGGGACGUCUGCCGCCAACGCAAAGCCGAGCGACAUCACAAUCAGCAGGAAGGAGAGCGAAGGCUUCGGCUUCGUCAUCAUCAGCUCGCUCAACCGGCCCGAAACGGCUGCAACCAACACUGUGCCCCAUAAAAUCGGCCGGAUCAUCGAGGGCAGCCCGGCCGACCGCAGCGGGAAGCUGAAGGUGGGGGACCGGAUCCUGGCAGUCAACGGCCAGUCCAUCGUCAGCAUGCCGCACGCCGACAUCGUCAAGCUGAUCAAGGACGCCGGCCUGAGUGUCACUCUGAGGAUUAUCCCACAGGAGGAGCUCAGCAACCCUCCGUCAGCGACGGCCUCGGAGAAGCAGAGCCCCAUGGCUCAACAGCACAGCCCAAAGGCCCAGCCCAACGCUGCAGCCUCCCAAUCCAACCCAGCACCAGUAGAACCUCACCCCUCUGCUACUCAGCCCAACCCAGCUCCCCAUCACAGCCCUGUGACCCAACUUCCUGUUCCUCCUCCUCAGAGCUACACCCAUGAUGGCAGUUACAGAUCUGAGGUGAAGGCCAGACAAGACGUUAAACCAGACAUCAGACAGCCUCCUUUCACGGAUUACCGGCAGCCACCGGUGGAUUACCGGCACCCUCCUGUGGCGGACUACAGGCAGCCGCCCACGCUGGACUACAGACAUCCGCCGCUGCUGGACUACAGGCCGUUCGCCAUCCCAGACUACAGGAUGCCUCCAGUUCAGCUUUCGCAGGACUUUGACUAUUUCACAGUGGAGCUGGAAAAAAGCGUGAAGGGCUUCGGUUUCAGCAUCCGAGGAGGGCGGGAGUACAAGAUGGAUCUGUUUGUUCUACGGCUGGCGGAGGACGGACCGGCCAUCCGCAAUGGGAGGAUGAGGGUCGGGGACCAAAUCAUUGAGAUCAAUGGGGAGAGCACCAGAGACAUGACCCACGCCAGGGCCAUUGAGCUCAUCAAGGCCGGGGGCAGACGGGUCCGACUCCUCCUGAAGAGGGGGACGGGCCAGGUCCCAGAGUACGGAAUGGUAUCUUCCAGUCUCUCCAUGUGCAUGAAAAGUGACAAGCAUGGCUCCCCCUAUUUCUUCCUAAUGGGCCACUCUAAAGACACGACAAUGCCGCCCCAUGGGAUGGUCGCCCUUCAGCCUCCCCAAGCCUGUCGGAAGUAGGCCCUCCCACUGACAGCCUCUCCAUGCCAACGCCUUCAUCUCAUUUGGCCCCCGACCCCGACCCUCUUCAUUUGCCUCCUCUAGACGCCACCCGGGACGCCAGCAGGACGGAGCGUUCCAAGAGCCCCCUGAAAGCCGAGCUGCUGCUGAACAGAGACGCCAUGAGUCAGGGGAGGAGAAUCGCCAAAGGCGACGGUGGCAGGUCCACCCGUAAGGGACACAGGCUGCAGCAGCACACUACUGACGGAGAUGGGGACAAGGAGGGACAAGGCGGGGAGUCCAAACCUUUGAGGAGCACCAGAGGACAGUCCAAGGAGAGGACUCACUCUCCCGGCGGCUCUAAGAUCCCACACACUAACGGAAACGCCAGGGAAAGCGCAGAGCAAAGAGGCAAGAGCACCAGCAGCGCCACCGGAGCGGGAAGGAAGGCCACGGUCUCGCCCGGUCCGUGGAAGAUCCCUGGAUCAGACAAGCUGCCCAGCACGCUGCGCGCCGGCGCGUCCACCCUCAGCAGAUAACAUCGCCACCGCCGCAGCAGCAGCAGCGUCCACAUUUAUCCAGACUGAACCAUCACCUUCACAUCCUCCAACAGACAAACACGAAGCGGUGCGGGCUUAUCUGGACCACGACUUUUAAAACUUUUAUUUAUACUACUGUAUUUUAAAUUAUUCUGAAGCAUUAUGUUACACCCACCACCUUAAAAACUGGAAAGUCAUCCACUUUAAGAAGAAAGAGCAAUCAGUAGCAGAGUGAGAACUUUCUGAAACCUCUGAACUCCCGAACUGAGCUGGACAGAAAGCAGGCUUGGAUUUUUUUAUAUAUAAAUAUAUUUACUGUUCAAAUUGUAGUCUAUUUUAUGAAGUGGAAUGUUGAAAGGUGACCUAUUAUACUUUUUUGAACCGGUUAGGAUAGAUUUAUGGUUUAAACAAAACAUGUUUAUUAAAUUUUUUGCACAAAAUCAUUCUUAAAUAAUGAGAUUUUAGUCAGUUCUUUCAGAAUCAGCUGUGUUAGGGUCUCUGCCACUUUAAGGCCAAUCCAUGAUCCCCACUCAGCGUUUACACUUGCACAUGAAAAUGGCUGCAAACAGAUGCGCAAUUAUACAAAGCUAUGUCUUUGAAAAGCAGAAGCGGAGCCUCCUGCGCAACCAACAAGAAUGCAGAAAGUGGUUUUUGCAUGGUAGCUCAACAACAAAACAUUUGUCUUUUCCAGCCAAGUAGGUUUGUCUGCAGACGAAGUAGGCGUUUCCAAAGGAAGGCAUUUCUCAAGAGGCACACUUCACUGGACCAAAUUAACAUCAUUCAGCUUUUCCUUCUUAAAAUAUUGCUUUAGUUUAUUUUGGUUUUAUGAGCUUGAUGUUGUUACUUGGAGGUAUCUGAAUGCCUUAUAGUUGCACUUUAAGCACUUUUGACAAACUUAUUGUAUUAGCCAGUUCGAUAUUAGCUUAACUUCUCCUCCCGCCUCUCUUUCCAGAGAGCAUCUGGGUGCAUUUCAAAACAAGAGCAUCAACAUACUGUAAAUCACAGGGUUUUAAUAACAGUAGCAAUUUUCACUAGGAGGCACUAAACGUUGAACAAAAUCCAUUUUGGUUACUGAAAUGAUGUGAAAACAGACAUAGGAUGUUAAAAACACUGAAAAACUGUUAGAGUGGCAUUGAGACAAAUAAAUUGUAUCCUUAACAUAUGUUCUUGUUAAACUUUUUAAAGCAACCACCAAGUGUGAUUUUUGUAAGUUUCUGAACGAUUUCUGCUGCUGGAACUCUUUAGAAACACCCACUUUCAGUCUGCAGAUUAACCCCUCUCUUCCAGCAGCCAUUGUACAGCGCAUACAGCAGUAAAAUUAGCUGACCAAACGUGCUGGAGCUCCACUUGGGUUGCUAGGUGACGACAGAACUUUACUGGGGUUGCUAAGUAACGGGCUGGCCUUCUCUGGGGUUACUAGGUGAGACGUCUUAUUUUCCAGACACUAAAAUACAUUAAUUUAUUGUCAAAAAAUGGCUUUUUUAAGUGUUUGGUAAAAAUCUAAUCUUAACCUCUAGAACCCGACGGACCCACCGGUGGGUCCAGCUGCCAUGUGACCUCGGCUUGCUUAGGGUGUAAGAGGUUAAAGGCUUUUUGUUGCCACAGUGAGAUUUCUGUUCAGAAGUUUCUGUUGUUUGGUCUGUUCUUCAGAAGCAGUAGAAACCCAAAUAGAAGUAGAAAGUUAGUGAAAAAUCCAAAGAAGUAUAAUAAGUCCCCUUUGUAAGAAGGUUUGUCUGCUUUCUGAGGAGUGAAUGAAUCAAAACGUGACAGCAGAAAUGAAAUCCACUCAUCAGCCGAGCUUUGCCUUAACAGAGACCGCUCUCAACUAAUCCAUCACAUGAUUAAAGAGAUGCUAUAUAAAAAAUAUUAAACAGUUUGUAAAUAAGACCAUCUUCAUAGUGAAGAAUCUUAUAAGAAAACUGAUGAGAGUUCAAGCAAAGCAACUUGGGGUUUCCUCUGCGAUCGUCUGUUUCUGUUCCGUACGAUUGUCUCGUUUAUCCAUUUUUAUUGUCGUUCUUGUGCUUAAGAAGAAAAGAAAAGAAAACAAAGCAAUGUGUGACGACGGUGUCCGUUCAAACACUGAGAGAUGAAUGACGGUGACAGAGAAGCGUGCCUUAGACUGACUACAAGUCUGGCUGCUAUAAAAACACCAACUUCACAGAAAUUUAUUAGAAACUGUAUUUUUUAAAUGUGAUAUAUAAUGAAGUAUAUUAAUUUAUUCCACAAGUAUAAUUAUGAACCCAUUAUUUGGGGUUUUUUGUUUGAGCAAAUGGUUCAUUUUGGGUCAUCUCUGAUUUGCAAAUCAGGUCCAACACAAUUAUGUUCGAUUUAAAAAUAAAACACACUUAGUCGUGUAAUCAAAUGUCAGCACCUUUUAACUCAAUUAGUAAGCCUGUUAGGGAAUUUAUUACGAGGCGUUUGGGCCCUUGAGUUGUAUUGGAUGUUACUGAGGCUUCAUGAUUGUGAUCUGUUGUUGCACUGUGUGAUGUGAGGAGAGGAAUAUCUGUGCCAAAGCUCAUUUUAAGCUGACGUUUUGUUUUAGGAGGAUUUUAUUAAGCUAUCAGUUCUGGUCAGUUGUUUACAUUCCUAAUGGGCAUGAAUUGUAGUAAUAUUAGGAAUCCAUUAUUUAUUUUAAAUGUUCAACAUUCAUGGAUUCACCUUUUAUUUUAUUUUUUUUCUGUGGAACGUAAACCUUAAGUUUACCUUUAAGUAUUUAUUUGUUGAUAAAUAUUCACUCUUGAUAGUUUGGUAUACUCAGUUAGAUUUAGGAGCAGCUGGUGCGGACCGCUUUCACACUGCAUCGUUUCAAACAAAUCAAACCCUUUGAAAGAAAAUUUCUCCUCCACACCUGUGGGGGCGCUGCACCAAGAACCAUCAAAGGAAAUUACACAAAAACCUCUGAAGGAGACUUUUUGGGGGUCAGAUUUUAGCGUUUGUAGCAUUUCACUUUUGUCUUUGGUAGAAGAUUACAAGCAAUUUCUUUUGCUUGCGCUAGAUAUGCAUGUUUGUUUUGGUUGUAUUUACCCAGAAUGCACUGAUUUUGAAGCAGUUUCCUGUCCACUUGCACUUGAAACGCACCAAAGUUCACUUCAACCAAACCAAACCAAAGCCUAGGUUUUUAGGUGAACCAGUUUGCUUUUUUGAUCCACAUCAGUUUUUCAAUAAUUUCCCAUUAUGCAGAUCUUAAAUUUCACUCAGUGGUCUUAAACAGUCUUCAGUUUGAGUUGGUGAAACCUGCACAAACCAUGUUUAUGCCCAUAAUGAGUGUAUGUACAUUUUCACACUACAUAGUCUGUUAGACUCUGUUAAAUUUGGGACAAAAAUUGCAACAUUGUUCAUUUUCAGCUGGUGUGGUUCGCUUUCACACUGCACUGUUUCAAACAAACCAAACCUUUUGAAAGAACUGUUCCCCUCCUCACCUGUAGGGGCGCUGCACCAAGAACCGCCAAAGGAAAUUACACAUUUACACAUUUUGGUAAAAGACUACAAGCUAUUUUUCUUGCUAGUGCUAGACGCACGUUUGUUUUGGUUGUAUUUACUUGGAAUGCCCUGGUUUAUAGUGCACUUCCUGAUUUUGAAGCCGUUUCCAGUCUGUUUUUAUCCACACAUGCAUUCAAACCACACCAGAGUUCCUUUCAACCAAAUCAAAAUCUAGAUUUUUAUGCAAACCACGGUUUGCUUUUCUGAUCCACAUCAGUUUCUCAAUGUCCUGUGAUACAGAUAUUAAAUUUUAUUCAUCAAGUCUUCAAUUUGAGUUGGUUAAACAGAUACCCUGUUUAUGCCCAUAACUAGUGUAUGUAAACUUCUGACCAGAAGAGUAUUUGGACACACAGGGCCACGGCGACUUGCAGAUAAAACUGUUUGCAGUAGAGGGUGGGAGUGACAUGCUCCAGCUAACCCGGGUCCAGAUCUAUGCUUGGACUGGUCUUGACAAAGUUUCCAAAGGAAAAAGGAACAAAACUUUGACCAAACCCAUAGAGAAACAAUAAGAUAGAAGAAAAUCUAAUAUAUAUAUAUAUUUAAAAAGUUUAAUACCAAAACAGAAAACUGCAUUAUUGAUUUAGACUUUACAAUUUGUUGCUUUUUCCCCCCCCAUGUUUUAACUAGGGCUGGACAAAAAAAUCAAUAACAAUACAUUCUGAUCCAGAACCGCACAGCAUUCUGGGGAAUGUAGUCAGAGGAAAACGGCUUUAGCUGCUCAACCUCUCACAGACAGCUCAGCUAAUUUGGUGGAAUCAACCGACUCAGUCACUCUUUGGCUGCCUAGUAACUCACUCAUUCUCUGGUUGUCUAGCAACAUGUUGAGUAACUUGCGCAGCAGCAGUUUCAUGUCUUGUCACUGCGUAAAAAUAAAAAUUGGGGUGAAGUGAAAACUGAGGAUAAAACAGGAAGGUUCAUGUCACCAGUUUGGCAGCUUUUAAGAUAUUUAAAAUAAAAAAAUCUGAUCAAUAAUUGUCAAUAUUUGCUGAUAUGAAAUGCUCAUAUCGUCCAGCCCUAGUUCCCUUGUGAAUCUGAGUGCAGCUCACAUCAAGCAGAAAAAAAGCACAUCAAUCCUCUUUUCUGUUUUACUUUUUAGGCUUUACCUCAUUGAUGUUUUGACAGUAAAUAACUUGAAGCAUAAACCCACUUUUUAAGCAAACUUUUGUUUUUUUGGGGGGGUGUUAAAAAUUCUUGUUCUAUCAUCUGUACCUGGUAAUUCUCUCUCCGCCCCCCGAGAAAUCGAGCAUUAAAGUUUCCUUCCUCUGCUCGGCUAAAGGAAGCGCUCAGAGCUUUUAAAAGAGCAAAGGGAGACGGGGACUCAUUAUGUUUGCUGCUGUAAUCCGUAAUUACACAAGGACUAAGCUGACUGAUUGUAAAACAGAAUCCAGCACAGAGGAGGAGGAGAAAAUCAUCAGCUCGGCUCUUCGGCCUCGACCUAAACGUUGUGCGGGAUUGUUUUUUCUCUUAUGAAAUCACUUGAGUUUGACACAGAAGCUGAAACUUUUGCAUAAGUCGCUGCUUUCCGUGGAGCCAAGCUGAGCAGAAGUCAGAGGAUGUUUCGUUUGAUGACGCGUUUCCCCCACAGCACCCGAGCAGCUCUGUUUCACUGUGCGGUGUGUUAGCAGUGUGUAGACCCUGAACAAAUAUCUCUAUGUAGAACAAGUGUAACUAUUGGUGGUCACAGAGACUGUAAGAAGUGAGCAACUAUUUUUAUUAAAAUGCAACACUAUGAAUAUAUUAACUUUUGCAAAAAAAAAACAACAAAAAAACAACAAACUUGUUUACUUGUAUUAUAUUCUGAGAUGCUGUCAAAAUAAAAUUCUUGACACACGAACAAUUCAUUGCGGAAUUGC